UAUGGCUCCCUCCUCGUUCCCUGAACAAAGUUAAAUUUAGUGAGUUAUCUCCGAAGCGUUAGGCCUAUUCCAUGCCCACGUAGGUUUACAGUGUGUGGGUGUAAAGAUGAGUUAUGCGAAAGGGAGAGGUUUCGGCUUCGGCGGCUUCAGCCUUCAGAAAAAGAAGGCAGAAGUGCCUCCGCCUCCACCGACAGCAGGGGUCAGCAAGCACGGCUAUUCCACACUCCAUGCCAUCAGCCAAAAUGCUCUGGCUGCCACCUUUGGCGUCCCGAAAAGAAGAGCCAAAACAGAGGAAGAAUACUUCGACGAAGAGGAAGAGAGUGAAGAAAAUAGGGCGUAUCAGCCUGCUCCUGGAAGCCCUGGUAAUCAAGAAGAAGAAGAAGAUACUGAUGAAGACAAUGAUCCUCUGGAAGCCUUCAUGAGUAACAUUGACCGUGAGGUGGAGCGUCAAGCAGUGGUAGAUGAAGUGAAGCAGACCAAGUCCAGCAAGAGGGGUAUUCGAGAUGACAUUGAAGAGGAGGAUGAUGAAGAAUCUUACUAUAGGUUCAUGGCAGAGAACCCAAAUGCUGGGAAAACACAGGAAGACUCUGAUCAAGAAAUGGAGUAUGAUCAAGAUGGGAAUCCCAUUGUUACCAAGAAAAAGUAUAUUGAUCCUCUGCCACCAAUGGACCACAGUCAGAUUCAGUACUCUGAUUUUGAGAAGAAUUUCUAUGAGGAGCAUAGUGAGAUUCAUGCAUUAGAUAUGCAGAAAAUGGCAGAACUGAGGAAUAAGCUUGGUAUUUGGGUGACAGGGGCAUGUCCACCAAAACCAGUCAGCAGUUUUGCUCAUUUUGGGUUUGAGGAAACCUUAAUUAAAGCCAUUAGGAAAUCAGAAUAUACACAGCCAACCCCAAUCCAGGCUCAAGGCAUUCCUGUUGCUCUCAGUGGGAGAGACAUCAUUGGGAUUGCUAAGACAGGAUCAGGAAAAACAGCAGCAUACAUAUGGCCAAUGUUGGUGCACAUCAUGGAUCAACCCCCUCUCCAAAAGGGCCAAGGACCCAUUGGUCUUAUCCUGGCCCCCACCCGAGAACUUGCUCUCCAGGCACUGCUCUUUCCCUCUGCCAUGUACAUAUUGCUUUCUUUCCAGAUUUACCAAGAAGCAAGGAGGUUUGGAAAAAUCUAUGAUCUUCAAGUGGUAUGCUGCUAUGGAGGGGGAUCCAAAUAUGAACAGUCAAAGGCAUUGGAAGCAGGAGCUGAGAUUGUGGUUGCCACACCAGGUCGCAUGAUUGACAUGGUCAAGAUGAAGGCUACUAACUUGGAACGUGUCACAUAUCUUGUCCUGGAUGAGGCUGAUCGCAUGUUUGAUAUGGGCUUUGAACCACAGGUGAGGUCAAUCUGUGACCACGUGAGACCAGAUCGACAGUGUCUCAUGUUUUCAGCCACAUUCAAGAAGAAGGUGGAGCGUCUGGCACGUGAUGUCCUCACUGACCCAGUGAAAGUUGUCCAGGGUGAUGUUGGGGAGGCCAAUGAAGAUGUUACUCAGAUUGUGAAGGUUAUGUCUUCAGGUCCCUCCAAGUGGAACUGGUUGAUUGCCCACCUUGUGAACUUCACAUCUCAGGGCACUGUCCUGAUCUUUGUGACAAAGAAGCUGAAUGCAGAGGAACUGGCCAAUAAUCUGAAGAUGCGGGAUUUCUCUCUUCUCUUAUUGCAUGGGGAUAUGGACCAAAUAGAGCGGAACCAGGUGAUUACAAGCUUCCGGCACAAGGAGGUGGAUAUUCUUGUUGCUACUGAUGUUGCAGCUCGUGGUCUGGACAUACCACACAUCCGAACAGUGAUCAACUUUGAUGUGGCAAGGGACAUUGACACUCACACCCACAGAGUGGGUCGAACAGGACGUGCAGGGGAGAAAGGUACUGCAUACACAUUGAUCACUGACAAAGACAAGGACUUUGCUGGGCAUCUUGUGAGGAAUCUUGAGGGAGCCAAUCAGACAGUUCCUGAUGAUCUCAUGAAUCUUGCCAUGCAGUGUGUGUGGUUCCGUAAGUCCAGAUUCAAGUCGGGUAAAGGCAGGAAACCAAAUGUUGGGGGAAGAGGCCUUGGAUUCCAGGACAGAGCUGGCCUUGGUGCUUCCUCUAGUUCAAGAAGCCAGGGCACUGGAGAUUUUUCCUAUGGGGGUCCACUUGCAGCUGCAAACGCUCCAAAGAUUGGACCUGGUACAGAUCGGCUUUCAGCAUUGAAGCAGGCAUUUUCUGCUCAGUACAAGUCUAAUUUUUGUGCUGCUGGUGCAGAUCCUGUAUGGAAUCCUAGUUCUGCCAUGCCACCACCUCCUGCCCCAAAGUCAGAGUCCAGCUCUACAUCUGAAAAGUCAAGGAAGAAGUCUAGAUGGUCAGACUGAUUGUCAUUCCCUCCUGUGUUGUACUUCAAGGGAAAAGUGAAUGUAGUGUUUCCCUGAUCCAUGACAUGGGGAAUUAUUUCCAAGAGGCUGUGCUUGUGAAAUCUGUCGAUAUGAAGUCCCAUGCCAAAGUACUGUUGUCUGUAUUACUGAGAUUAGAAGUCCCAGUUUUUUCUCACUGAUCCUUUGUUACUUUGUUAGGUAAGGAAAAGAGGGGAUAUCCCCUCAAGUAGGGGACAAGAAUCAUGAAGUUAUCUGUCUUUAAUUGCUUCUUGUUUUGUUUUUUUCCCUAGCGAUCAAUUAUUAUUCUGUCAAUAUUACACUCAUCACAUUGGAAGCAGAAUGAGUUUCUUCAAAUGCAAUAAUUGAUCAAAGAAAAACCCCCAGUUAUGCAGUAUUGCCAAUUUAUUUUGCUGCUACCUCAUGAAAUAAUUACCUAUAAUGUCCAGUUAACAGUUGAGGCCCAUAGUCAGGGUUGGAGGAAGGUCAGUAAAAAAUGGUUUUCACUGGGACUUACUUAUUUCACUGGGAAUUACUAUCAAAGACAGAAAUUGAAUCUAAUAAACCUGUCAAAGUUGUCCAAGUCAGGCAACACCACAUGAACUUGAAAAGUAUUCAGGAAUUACUCUCAUAACUAUGAAAGUUACUUCUGAAAAUAAGUCCUUGGUAGUCUGUUGAACAGUGAUUGCCUGGAUUAUCUGGUUUCUGAAUUUGAUCUGAAUACAUACCAGGACAGGUAUUAGCUUGAUUAAUUUGAAAGCAACAGCUGACAACCUGCAGUUUACUGAGGGCAGGCCUAAUGUAAGCUAAUUUGCAAAAUUUUAAUUUUCGUAAAACAAGGAACUUGGUGAAAUUGGUAUUUGUUUCCCUUUGCUUGUGCAAUUUUGUUCAUGGUUGUUGGUAUUGAGCUGGGUUCACUUUUUUCUUUUCAGUGAUUUUGACUUUCAUAUUUUCUUGUUGCUUCUGCUUAAAUUUUAUCUUGACAUCUUAUAUUUUAAGUUUUAGCAGCCUAGAGAAUGAAGCCACUUCAUGUGCUAUUAAAAUAUACACAUUGAAGAGUUUCUGAGUGAAAUUGCAGCUAGUAAUAUUUUUUACUAGCUUUUACCAAUUUUGAGCAACAAUAUUUUGAACCGUGGUCAUUUGAUAAUUUUAACCAUUUAGAGUCAUUGGUGUAAACAGAAAUGAGGAAAAUUCUGUCAACCCUGCCCUUCAAGAGAAUAUCUGUGGAAUAUAUAUUCCAUUAACUAUCU